GCCGCUCUACCUUGAAUUCAUCGAAUCUGGCAUCUCGCGGGGCGUUUUCACCUUGGGCAAAGAACGGGUUGAGGACGUCGCCGCAUUCUUCGUGGCUAAGAAGGACGAGCGGAUCAGGGUGCCGAAGGACACGCCCCUCUACUUUGCUGGGGUUGACGUCCAGAGCGCGUUCUACCAGCAUAAGUUGCCAGCGUACCUGCGGUCGUACUUCUGCUUGCCGAAGGUCGCCGCGGGCGAGCUUGGCGUCGGCGGGCUCGACGGGCGGCGUGCCCCGCCCUGGGCCUGCCUCUACCCGCGACUUGCCGUCGUUCCCAUGGGGUGGAGCUGUGCACUUUGCUUCGCGCAGAAGGCCCGCAAGCGGACGUUGGGCCAGUCCGACGCCCUGAGGCCUGAGCUCUGGGCGGUCGACUUCGUGCCGACCCCGUGCCCGCUCAAGGAGCCCGUCCACUCCCUGUGCGUGGGCAACGUCCUCGUGGUCGGCACUGACUGCGCGGCCGUGACCGAGGUCAGGCGCGAGGCCUACCAGGCCCUAGAGGGCGCGGGCCUGGCCGUCCAUGAGGAGACCGACGCGGCCGAGGGCAUGAUGACGCUUGGCGGGCAGCUCGAGGGGUGCCCCGCCCGCGCCACCUUGGCGCCGCGGCGUUUCCGGAAGCUCUACAUGGGGCUCGGGUGCCUGGUGCAGCGCCGGCCCCGCUUCACCGGCCGAGACAUCGAGCACGUCAUCGGCCGCUGCGCCUUCGCCGCGCUGUGCAGGCGCGAGAGCUUGAGCUGCUUCAGCGCUGUGUACUCUUUUGUUCAGCAGAGGUGCCAGCGUGCCAGGCCCCUGUGGGCGUCCGCGCGGCACGAGCUCAGGAUCUUCCGAGGGCUGCUGAUCGCGCUCAGCUCGGACCUCGACGCCGAGUGGUCCACGAAGGUCGUCCUGACUGACGCCUGCGAGACGGGCCGCGCCUCUGUCGUGGGCGAGUGGGAGUUGUCGGAGGUGCAGCGUGCAGGUCGGCGGCGCGAGCGGUGGCGCUUCCGCCGCGCACGUGAGGGCGACGGGGGCUGGGGGCCGCGCGACCGCGCGGCACGAGCGGCAGAGGCCGCCAAGCUCGAUGCACACCCGUCUGUUCUGUUGCAAGGAGGUCUCGCCAACAAAAGAUUCCCUGAGGUGUCGACGCGCGCCAUCCGCCGCACCACCUGGACGACCACGCACUAUUCGCCGCUCUUCGGGACGGAGCCUAUGCAUCGUAAGGAAGCGAGAGGUGAUUUACACGCUGUGAAGCUGAUCCUGUCGGACGCGGACUCCUGGGGGAAGAGUUCAAUGCGGCGGACCGUGACAGUCGCGCCCGCGAGGGUACUGGCGGCCGCGCUGCACCUGGGGCCAGCUGGCGCGCUACCGCAGCGCGUGGUCGUCUGCUCCGGCACCGCCGCGGCUCGGCGCUGGGCCCCGAGGGCGACAGUCGGGCCGGCGCCAGCUGGUCCGCGGCCCUCGAGGGUCCGCGAGGGCUCUGCCGCCCCGCAGCCAGCCCGCCCCCCGCGGGCCCGUGGCCCAGCGGCGCCCCUGGCGACCAGGCGGCUGAAGCGCAGCGAGCCAGGGGGCCCCCUGGCGGCGCCGGCCCCCCUGCGGCGCCUGGCGCCGCGAACGCUGGCACGCUGUGGCUCGGGCCCCCUGGGCUCGCCGCGCCGCUCCUGGGCUGGGCGCAUCCUGCAGUCGGUGGUGCUGGCGUCCCCGUGCGACAUCCCCGCGAGGGAGCUGCCUCGCUCGGUGCGGCGCCGCCUGGACGCUGGGGAGCAGGCUCGGGGCGCGACCCGCCAGCUCUCCAUCACCGAAGCGGCGGCGGUCGGACGGCGGAGCCGCAUGCAGUGCACGCGGCUGCUCGAGCUGUUCCUCCGCCGCAGCCGCUUGAAGUCCCUGGCGGGGCCUGCUGCCGACGCGGACGCGGCCCUUGUCAAGUUCUUCGACGACCUGUACCUCGAGGGGAAGAUCGCGUCCACGGGCGAGAAGGUGCUCGCCGCCAUCUUCAUGCAU